CUGUGGUAACGUUACAGCAGCAGAAACGUAACCAUAACUUAGAUUGACCGACGACUACUGAAAAUAUACAGUACUAGCUAGUUAGCUAACUGGUAAACAUUUGACUUUAGUCGAAAUUACAGUAGGUUAUAGCGGUAGCAGUGACUAGUACUCGUCCUGACUUAAUUUAAGGGUUGAACCACAGUCAUCUUUUUAUACGUUGAGGUAAAUUAGCUAACUAGUCUACUGUUCUUUAGAUUUUUGUCUAGAAUAACACGACCGGUAAUGGCCUCCACUGGGAGAAAACAGUCAAAGAAAACGAAGCAUGCAGAAGACUCAACUGACAUAAAAUCGUUUGAUUUCGCACUUGAGGACGAAAAGAAAGGACUGAGUUGUUCAGAGGAUGACAUCCGAGAAGAUGAAACUCCUGUCGUUGACAAGUUGGCCAAGAAAAGGUCAUUUGAGGAGGAUGAUCUAAAAGUUGGAGUGGGGAACGAGGUACAAACCAUGUUGGAGAGAUUUGGAGCUGAUAUAAGCAAAGCCAUGCUGGCCAAGAGGAAACGUUUGGAGACCUUCACCAAGAGCUCACUGAAGGGCAGCAAUCAGAAACUGGAGCAGCUGUGGAAUACCCAGUAUGCACAAAGGCAGAAGCUGACUCAGGAGUACUCACAGCAGGUGUCAUCUGUGCUGCAGCAAUGGGAGAUUGAUGCACAGAAAUCAGAGGAUCAGGAGGAAAAAUUGAAUAACCUGUUUCGCCAGCAACAAAAGCUGUUCCAGCAGGCUAGAGUGGUGCAAAGCCAGAAACUGAAAACCAUCAAAGAGCUAUACGAGCAGUUCAUUAAGAACAUGGAGGAGAUGGAGAAGAGCCAUGAGACCUUCCUGCAGGGGGCACAGGUGGAGCUGAAGAAGGAGAUGGCAGUGUUGCAGAAUAAAAUUAUGAUGGACACUCAACAGCAGGAGAUGGCCACUGUCCGCAAGUCUCUUCAGUCUAUGCUGUUCUAGAGGAAGUUUAAUCUGAUGUUACCAUGUCAACACCCUCUCUACAGUCAAACCGCUGAUGUUUUUUACAAUUUGAGAGUUCAUGACAAUUAGACACUGGAAAUGAAAGACAGAGAUAACGUUUUCAAAGUCUGAAUUUUGUUUGUAUAUUUGCUUGCUGUAUUUAUUCAUUAACAUGUUUCUUAUUUGUAUAUUUAUUUGCCAAUUGAUCUGCUAUUGUAUACUUACCUGUAUGUUUAUCUUCUGUUUGAAGUGCAAUUUUAGUCAAUGUACCAAAAAUGUGAUAUCAUAAAACAAUUUGCACUAAACAAUACAAUUUUGUUUUUAUUAAAGCCAUUAUAAGUAGCAGUUAUUUUUUAUAAUGGACUGAGAAGUAUUUUCUGAUUUUGUCAAGGCAGACAACAAUACCAAAACUUUGAUCCACUC